AGGAGGAGGAGGCGGCGGCAUCGGGCGACCCUGCAGGAUGGUGGCGGCGGCCGCGGCGGCGUCGGUGCCGGCGGCGGAGGCUGAGCCAGGCGGCGGGUAGAAAAUGGCGGAUUUCGAGGAGCUCAGGAAUAUGGUAUCAAGUUUUCGGGUGUCUGAACUGCAAGUGUUGCUGGGUUUUGCUGGACGUAAUAAAAGUGGGCGCAAACAUGACCUCCUAAUGAGGGCUCUGCACUUGCUGAAGAGCGGCUGUAGCCCAGCAGUUCAGAUCAAGAUCCGGGAACUCUACAGGCGCCGCUACCCCAGGACAGUUGAAGGCCUUUCUGACUUGACUGCUCUAAAAUCUUCAGUUUUCAACCUGGACAGUAGCUCUUCUCCGGUUGAACCUGACUUAACCGUGCCCGGAUUGCAUCCUGCACCUUCAACUUCGGCCGCUCCCCAAUCACCUUCCUCUCCUCUUGGUUCAGUGUUACUUCAGGACACCAAGCCUCGUUUUGAGAUGCAGCAGCCAUCCCCUUCGGUUCCUCCAGUGCAUCCUGAUGUUCAGUUGAAGAAUCUCCCUUUUUAUGAUGUGCUUGAUGUUCUCAUGAGACCGACCAGCUUAGUACAGAGCAGUAUUCAGAGAUUCCAGGAGUACUUUCUUUUUGCUUUAACACCUCAACAAGUCAGAGAAAUCUGCAUUUCCAGGGACUUUUUGCCCGGAGGCAGAAGAGACUACACGGUGCAGGUUCAAUUGAGACUAUGCCUAGCAGAAACAAGCUGCCCUCAAGAGGAUAACUACCCCAAUAGUUUAUGCAUAAAAGUGAACGGGAAGCUCUUUCCAUUGCCGGGAUACGCACCUCCACCUAAAAAUGGAAUUGAACAGAAGAGGCCUGGACGUCCCUUGAAUAUUACAUCAUUAAUUAGACUUUCCUCUGCGGUGGCAAACCAGAUUUCUAUAUCCUGGACAUCUGAAAUUGGAAAGAAUUACUCAAUGUCUGUGUAUCUCGUGCGCCAGCUGACUUCAGCAAUGUUGCUACAGAGAUUAAAAUUGAAGGGUAUUAGGAAUCCUGAUCAUUCUCGGGCACUAAUUAAAGAAAAACUCACUGCUGAUCCAGAUAGUGAAAUUGCUACAACCAGCCUCCGGGUAUCACUGAUGUGUCCUCUGGGGAAAAUGAGGCUGACAAUCCCCUGCCGUGCCGCCACUUGUACUCACCUGCAGUGCUUUGAUGCCGCUCUCUAUCUUCAAAUGAAUGAGAAGAAGCCGACCUGGAUCUGUCCUGUGUGCGACAAGAAAGCAACAUAUGAGAAUCUCAUCCUGGAUGGGCUCUUUAUGGAAAUUUUGAAUGAAUGUUCAGAUGUUGAUGAGAUCAAGUUCCAGGAGGACGGUUCCUGGUGCCCUAUGAGGCCCAAGAAGGAGCCUUUGAAAGUCGUUAGCCCACAGUGCCCCAAAAUGGAAAUCCUGCACUCUCCAGGUUCUGCCAUGAUCAGUAAGCAGGGCUCAACCCCUGCUGGCGAGGUCAACAAGAAAAAAGUGGACGUCAUCGAUCUCACCGUCGAAAGUUCUUCUGACGAAGAGGAGGAUGCCCCGCCCAAACGGAAAUGCAUAUACAUGUCCGACACACAAGCAAGUCCCACAAAAGGCGUCCUUGUGUAUCAGCCGGCAGCCGUACGAGUGCCAGGAGUCAGCACGGUGGAUUCUACGGCCAUCGCCCCAUCAUUAACAGACUACUCUGUGCCCUUCCACCAUCCACCAAUAUCGAGCAUUUCGUCUGACUUGCCUGGCUUGGAUUUUCUCUCUUUAAUCCCAGUCGAUCCACAGCAGUACUGUGCUCCUAUGUUUUUGGAUAGUCUCGCCUCGACCUUGCCAGCAAACACCACCUCUGGCAACCUCCUCCUCACCUCAGCCAGCCCCCUCGACAGCAGCAGCAGCAGCAGCAGCACUCGCGUUAGCUCUUCGGGCCGGAACGAGACGGCCGUGCUCACCAGCAGCAGCGGGAGCAACAUUCCGGAUAUCAUCUCCCUGGACUAAAAAAAAAAAAAAGCUGAUGAAAAGCGGGACUGCCUUCUUUGCAGCUUGGAACUUUUAUUUUUGAAAUAUUUAUUGGGAGAAGACAAACAAACAAAAAGCUUUGGAUUCCACAACUGUUUACCUGCAGGUUAACAGUGGAAGAAAACUGACUGGAACAUUUUUUUUUUUUCUUUUCAUCCUGGAUCUCUCUGUCUCUCUCUCUCUGUCUCUCCCUCCCUCCCUCAGUUUUGGGAGACAUAUUUUCCAACAAGCCAGCCUUUCAACUUUCUGGUGGUGAAACUGACACAGUUUCUACUCUUGUGGAUUCGAAGGAUGAAUCCCAUGUGCUAAUUAUAACUUUGGCUUAGAUCUAGCAAUAAUGUAAGAAAAAACAAAAACAAAAGCAGUGUUUUAAAAUGCAUUUAAUUACUCGGGUGACAAGAACCUGCCUUAUCCCGGAUCUUAAGGACAAGAGGAAGGAGUUUGAAUUUUGAGGAAUUCUUGACCUUUUGCUGGGACCUGGAAGAAAUCCUUAACAGAGAGGAUGCAACUUUGCAAACUUAACGGUUGUAUAAAUUGUUCGCCUCUUCCUUUCCUCUUCCUCACAUACCCUCUUGUAAAUCUGAAUUGGUGUUUCUAUUUAGGAGUUUGUGCUCUCCUGAAACUGCUCAGUUACAUGUGCAAAAAACAACAAAAAAACCCAACCUUAUGAGAACUGGGGGGAAAAGAAUGCUAUGCAAAGUCCGUUUCCUGCAUCUAAUCUGUGUUUGUAAAAAUGUGAAUACGAUGUUCAGCGGUUAAUUUUUAGGAUGGGUCGUCAGUUCUCUUUGAGAGGAAGGAAAGGGGCGAGGCAGAGAUUGCUGCUUCAGAUCUUGCAAAAUAGCUGGUGCUUCAGGCCUCCGGAUGGGUCCUCGGCGUCCUUUUUUUAUUUGCACAAGGAUCAUGAAAUUGAAGUGCUCACAGUUCGUAUCACUCCGGUCAUUGCUACUAGGAAGAUUGACCCUCAGUUGUCUUAAGAAUCGUUUUAUGAGUGUAGCUAAAUUAACAAGACACGAUUGUCACGCUAACAUCUUCCAUCAGUUUUUUGGGGGGGCGGGGGGGGCGGGAACCUCAGCAAAAGAAGUAAACGAAUGCUUUAAGCCAGGGGUCCCCAACCUGUGGGACACUGUCCACUAACUAGCCACAGGCUAAUUGCCACUGGGCCACAUGAGUGGCCAGCCUGGGUGCCCACCUGUGCGUGUGCACAGCCACGCUUGUGGGAGCGUCGCCGCAGAUGCUUGUGGUCCCGCUCAUGCCUCGCGAACGUCACGGGCACGCAUGCCCCUCCCACAAAAUGAUUCUCCCCCCCCCCGUCCCCCCCAGCCACCAACCCAACAAGGUUGGGGAACUCUGCUUUAAGCAUUAUGAGUAGGUGUGCUUUUUAUUUAUUUUUUUUGGCCCAAAGUUGCUGAAACUAUCCCGGGAAGAGCCUUGCUCAAGUGUAUGGUCCUUGGAGGAUAAUUUCCAAGUAUUUCAUAAGUAAGCAACUUCACUCACAUCGUUCUUAUUCUCUCCGCCCCCCAGUACAGAAAUCUGUAAUACUGGGAAUCUCCCAAUAGGUGCCCCCGUGUAAAGUGCUUUCCCACGGUCAGAUUUGGUACCCGAGACCCCUCGAGUUCAAGCUUUAUUUUAUCGGGUGCGGUGUUAAAAAGGGUCUCUCCGAAGUAGAAGCAGCCACUAUGUAGAUUGGAGUUAACGGUAACAAGAGUUGGAAGGGGCCUUGGAAGUCAUCUAGUCCAACCUCCUGCUCACGCAGGAGACCUGUACUAGGGAUUCGAACCGCCGAACUGCCGACCUUUCUGAUCGACAAGCUCAGUGUCUCAGCCACUCCAAACCUUGGCCGUUUUUAAAACCUGUGGACUUUCAACUUCCAUUUUCUGGGCCAAGAUUUGGACACUCCUGCCCUAGAUCAAUAAAGAAAAACCCUGAGAAAGAAAACGGCGGCUUUAGUUGAUAUUCUAGAAGUCACCUGGGCAGGUAGGAGUGAAGUCAUUUUGGCUAUUCAUGCUUUAGGGGUCCUGCAAACCAAAUAAAACCUCCCGUAUCUUUUUAAUAGUUGGCCCCAGAGCAUUUUAGCCAGAGUCGAUGAGAUUAGAAAAGCUCUAGGCUUCCUAUUUUUCUCCCAACUGUUUGCUUAAAGGUCUCGGAAGUUGCGACAAUGAAAGCCUUCCCGCUAUUACGCUUGCGCGGCUCUUUCCUGCUCUCCCUUUUAACUUCCUUGCAAAAGUUUCUCUCUUAUCCAACGGUGUUCCUAAACUGCCAAAGGCAUUGCCAGGUCCAUCUUUUGCUCUCCUAACCAAGUCUUAAUAUUUAUAGAGUUAUCUGGGCCAUGCAUACCUGGUAAUGAUUUCCCUUCGGAUGUUCUACCCCAAACGACACUUGUUUUGUGUCGUUACGGCCACCCAAAUCAAUUUUUCGCUUGCAUUUCAUCGAUCUCCAUGUGCCUGCUGGUUUUUUGUAUCGAUUAAAAGUAAUCUGAUCCUUGGAGCUUUGGUUUAAGAAAAAUAAUGCUGUUUUUACUUUUGAGAUUUUCUUUUCAGGACUUUUUUCCUCCUCGUAGUUUUCCUCUUGCUGUGCUGUGUAAUUCUAAAGGUCCCGGAGAGAUUCACUAAAACUCAGGGGACGUCUCUUGAAAAAUUCCUCUUUGUUUCAGAGCUGAAUUUCAGGCUUCUGACUCAAGUCAAAAAAAAAAAGUUUAAGCCAUACUCUUUUUAUUAAGCAAUGCAAUUAAGUACAUGGAUUUUUGGGGGGUUUUUUUUUUUAAAAAAAAAUGCCACGCUGGAUCGUUUCUGCGAACUUCUCUCCAGCCUUUAGAAGCAGCAUUUCGUGUGCAAAGCAAGAGACUCUACGUACCGGGUCGGCAUAAAAGCCACUGAAUCUGCAUAAACUGAACUUGAUAUGUAAUAAAUGCCCUGUCUCAGAAAUCCUUUGCCGUUAAAAAAAAAAAAACCCAUCGAGCGGAACCGGUCUCGUUUCCGGAGGAAAAUAAAAACCCAACUAGAUCGUUCUAUUCAACAACACACUUUUAUUUCUCGUUAUGUGAACAUGACAUAAUUGCUA